GAAUUUAUCUCCCACGUAAAUAACGUGUCCCCAAAGUCCAAACCCGAAGGGAGGCUUAGAAGGAGAAAGAAAAGAGAGAGCGAGUGACCAAAAGGAAAACAUGAACGAAGAUGGCGUAACCUCUGCCAAUCCCAAACCUCCCUCUUCUCCUCCAACACCCGCUGCCAGCUCCGCGGGGGCCUCGUCGCCGGCGUUUCCCGCGCACGCCGGCAACGGAGAAGCUCGCCGGCGCGACAAAUCCAGCUCGGAUUCGCACGCGGUGCUGCGAGGGGCUUACGUUCCAUCCUGCCGGCCCUGGGAGCGCGGCGAUUUGCUUUGCCGCCUUUCGACGUUCAAGCUCGCCGGGAAAUUGCCCAAGGUUGCUGGCUCGUUGGCUUGCGCGAAGAGAGGCUGGGUGAAUGUCGAUGUGGCGAAGAUUGAGUGUGAGAUAUGUGGUGCUCAGUUGGAUUUUGCUUCCUCUUUUGAAGCUGAUGCCUCCAGUGAAGAAUUUUCUGAACAGCUUGAUAGAGGACACAAAGUCACCUGUCCUUGGAAAGGCAACAGCUGUCCAGAAAGCUUGGUGCAGUUCCCUCCUACUUCACCUUCAGCUCUAAUUGGAGGUUUUAAGGAUCGGUGUGAUGGACUCUUGCAGUUUUAUUCUCUCCCCACUGUAUCUUCAUCUGCAGUUGAGCAGAUGCGACUUACACAUAGCCCUCAAAUUGAUCGCCUACUUGCUCAAUUCCAUAUUCAGACAGCUGGAGAAUUGGGUUGCAGAGCAGAAAAUGCAUGCGGAAUGGGCUUCACUGGAGAACAAGCUCCUCAUCCAUAUUCUUCUGCUCAAAAGCUCAUUAGUCUUUGUGGAUGGGAGCCACGGUGGCUUCCUAACGUGCUUGAUUGUGAAGAACAGUCAGCUGAAUCUGCUAAAAAUGGUUGCAGCUCUGAUCCAGCUAAAGGCUCUGGACCUGAUCCUGCUCCAAGCAAGAAGGAGUUUUCAACUUCUUCCAGGAAAGAUACCGGGGAUAAUGAUAUACUGGGCUCAGAGUUUAAUUGUGAGUCAAGGUCACCAUUGUUAGAUUGUAGCUUAUGUGGGGCCACAGUUAGAGUAUGGGAUUUCUUGACAGCCCCUCGUCCAGUUCAUUUGAGUCCAUGUGGGAUGGAUACCCCUCAAACAAGCAAGAAAAUAGCAUCAACACGAGGAAUAAGUGCAGCUAGUGGUAUCAAUGAAUGGGCUGCUGCAGAUGGUGUUGAAAAAGAGAGGACUGGAGACCGUGAUGAGGCGACAACAUCUGAUAAAAGGCAACUUGUAUCCAGUAAAUGUUUAGAUUUAAGUCUUAAAAUGGCUUGUGGGCCAUCCUAUUCACCAAUCAAAAACUUGACUUCGACCUCAGGUCAUAUGCAAGAUGCUGGUGAAGGAAAAGAUUUAAUGAUUGGGCGCCCUUCUAGGAGUGAGGUUGGUGACCAGGCAGCAUCUUAUGAAUCACAGGGCCCUGAUGCACGCAAACGCAAGUUGGAUGAUGGUGGAACCACAGCUGACAGGCCACAUCUAAACAUGCAACAGGCAGACAGUGCCGAAAGAACUAUAACUGACCAUGAUAAUAAUGAAGUCAUUGGUAGUCAGCAGUAUUCAGCUGGUCCUUUCAAGCGUGCCCGUGAUACUAAUCUAGUGGAAACAUUCCAGUUUCCAUUAAGAAAUUCUUCUGAUGUUGUACCUAGCCAUUCAUUGGAUAUUCUAAUUGAACCAGAUGCAAACAUCACUAACCAGUUAAACCCAGAAAGGGAUCAUGCCAUUGGCAUCCUGUCCAACAGGGAUUCUGCCCAUGCAUCUUCUAUUAUUGCAAUGAAUACCGUUUAUCACGGUUCAGAUGAUGAAUCAAUGGAAAGUGUGGAAAAUUUUCCUGUAGAUGUUAAUGAUGUCAAUUUCACUUCUGCUGAUUUGAAUGAAACAUCAGAGUUAAAUAGCAGCUAUCAAGCUCAGCAGAGUGCUUGUUUUCAACCACUUUUAGAAAGGGUGGGAGGGGAGACAGGUGUUAGCAGUUCAAAUGCGUGUGGGGAAGUUUUGAACACGGAGAUAUUGACUGCACAUGCUAGGGAUGGACCUAGUUUUGGUAUUAGCGGGGGAAGUGUGGGAAUGGGUGCAAGCCAUGAGGCUGAAAUCCAUGGGACUGAUGUCUCAGUUCACAGAGGUGAUAGUUUAGGUGAUGUUGAAACAAUUGCUGAUGUGAUUGAAAAUCAGGGCCAAGCAGGUGAAUUUGAGCCUUAUCAUGGACUUACAGGGGAAUUUGUGCCUGAGGAGGUGAGUCGGGAAGAUCCUCAAGGGGAUAGUCAAGCUGUGGUGUCUCAAUCUACAGCAAGGGCUGAUAGUGGCUCAAAAGUUGUAGCUUCAGCCAAGGUUGAAUCUGUUGAAAGUGGUGAGAAGACCAGUAGUAGCAUGCAGAUGCUAGGCCUUGGAAAUGGUGCCCAUCCAUCCCUUUCUUGUAAUGCUGUUGUAUGUUCUGCCUAUGAAGUAUCCAAGGAAGAAGUUACUCAGACUAGGAAGGCAUCUCACAAUGAUGAUGGUGCAUAUAAUGAAUCAGGCCAUUUAAUUGCUGAUGUUAUGGGGACUCCUUACAGAGGCAACAAUAAUGGAGGUGUUGAAUUUGAUCCGAUCAAAUUACAUAAUGACUACUGUCCUUGGGUGAAUGGGGUUGUUGCUGCUGCUGGUGGUAAUAAUCCCUGCUCCAGUUCUGGUGUGGGUAGCGUAGCUCUUUGUGGCUGGCAGCUGACUUUAGAUGCCCUGGAUUCUUUCCAAUCUCUUGGACAUCUUCCUUUGCAAACUCUUGAAUCUGAAUCGGCAGCAUCCAUGUGCAAGGGUGAUCGGUUCACUUCCAGCCAGAAAUUAUUAGCACGCAACUCCUAUGUAAGAAAACAUGGAAGAAACUGAGACCUGCAGGAAGUUGUCAAAAGUUUUGUUGAGCUGUUUCUCUGUGAACGAGUAUUACACCUACAUCCUAAUUCAAGCUAUGUUUUUAAUCGGAUGUUAGUCCAUUCUUGUUCUUUUCUAAAGUCAGUUUUGAUGCUAUAAUAUUUGCUGUUUUUAUAUUGGAUUUUGGAUUGGUAUUGUCAGUUUAAUAAAAAUAUCAAUGUAUCAAAAGCCUCUUUGAACUGUAGAUAAUUGAUAUUGGAUAAUAGAGAAUGUCAGCUAGUGAUGAAGUAUUUUUGUAAAGUAUUUUUUUUUUAACUUAUAAAAUUAAUUUUAACAUA